CGCGAGGGGGGGGCAGACGGCUCUCUCUCUCUCUCUCUCAAUGGGGAGGUCUCUGUGAAGCAGCAGCAGCAGCAGCAGCAGCCUACCUGUUGGAGCUCAGUGUCGGACCCACGCUGAUCGUGGAUCUGCGGGAAGCCCAGAACGAACCUGAACCAUGUCUCCCAGACUGUUCCUGUGCGCUUUUGUUUUGGCGACGCACCAGUGGACGCAGCGCUGCAGCGGAUUUAAUAUAGAUGCUCGGUUUCCUGUGAUCAAAGAGGGGAAGACCGAAGGCAGCUUCUUUGGGUUCUCGGUGGCUCUGCACGAACAGACGGCGGGCUCCAGGAAAUACCUGCUUCUUGCAGGUGCACCCAAAGAGAAGGCCAACUCUCUACAAAAUGUCAAUGAAACAGGUGCCGUCUACUCUUGUCCCAUCAGCCUGGACCCCAAGGACUGCUCCAGGAUGGACCUGGUCAGCACAACGAACCCUAAUGAGAUGGUGGAGGGCAUGUGGCUGGGUGUGACAGUGGCCAGUCAGAGGGACAGUCUGUCCAGACGUGUGAUGGCGUGUGGCCAUCGGUACGUGAAGAUCAUCAAAGGUGGCGCUGGGGAGCAGCGUCAGAUGAUAGGGAAGUGCUACGUGAGGAGCAAUGACCUGACCUUUGACCAAGACGAUGACUGGCAGACGUACAGUUACGAGGUCUGCAACCCCAACUUAGACAUGAAUUUCGAGGCCAUGUGCAACAUGGGCAUCUCCGGUGGCAUGACAGACAACGAAAUCUACUUUGGCUCCCCUGGCAGCUUCUUGUGGCAAGGAAAUGUUCAUGCGAUAUGGAGAGAUCAGGAUCCAGCAAAUGCUUGGGACUCCAGAAAUACAGAGUUUGGCCAGCUGAAUAAACGAAACCAUUACAUGGGUUAUUCCGUUGUCGAAGAGAAGAAGCUGCUCAGCCAUGACAGCUACACUGUAGUGACAGGGUCUCCCAGGGAUGAGCACAAGGGCUCCGUGGUGCUGGGGAGAAAGAUGGACAAACUGUUCGACACGGUGCUUGUCAUCCCCGGGGUACAAGUGGGCUCUUACUUUGGAAGCAGCCUGGCUGUCACCGACCUUAACAAUGAUGACUGGAAUGAUCUGAUCGUGGGGGCCCCAUUUUACUUUGACCGUAAGAAUGAUCAUGGUGGAGCGGUGUAUAUCUUCAUGAACGAGAACGGGUCGUUCCAAAAGGAGGCCAGCGUCGUGCUGACGGGUCCGUCGGGGUCCGGGUUCGGCUUUGCGGUUGCUGCCAUCGGCGAUGUCAACCAAGAUGGAUUCCAAGACUUUGCAGUUGGGGCUCCAUUCCACGACACAGGGAAGGUCUACAUAUGGAUGGGAAGUAAAAAGGGGAUCUCGAAGGAGCCCAGUCAGGUGAUUGUAGGUAAGACAUUAGGUAAUGCUGGAUUCCAGACCUUCGGCUACUCCAUCAACGGAGGGAUGGACAUGGACGACAACAGUUACCCUGACAUCUUAGUUGGCUCUCUGGACGACCGCAUUGCCCUGCUCAGAGCUCGACCAGUCAUCCACUUAACUAACAACUUCACUGUUGAGCCGAGGAUUGUGGACCCUAAUAUGUGUCCUGGAGAUACAGCAUGCAUUAAAGUGACGCUGUGCAUGGCUUUCACGCCGAGCAAUGGAAACAAAGACUUCAGGAAAAAUAUAACGGUGAACUACACAGUGGAGGCGGACAUGGAGAGGAGAAGAAGCCCCCGAGUUCGUUUCGAGAACAAUAAAGACGACACAUUCACCGGCUUACUGAGCCUGCCCUCCUCCAAGGCCACGUGUCAAACUCUCAACCUGGUCGUAGUGCAACCUGUGAGUGACAAACUGGAGGCAGUGGUCUUCUCCCUCAACAUGGCUUUACAUGAGCCGAAACCUAAAGCCAAACGCAGCCUGCAGAACCUGGACUUCUACCCAGUCGUGAGCCAGGAGCAGAAACUCACACAGAGAACUGAGAUUGACUUUCAGAAGGAGUGUGGCUCAGACAACAGAUGCAGCAGUAACCUUCAGCUCACGGCUGAGUUUGUAGACAACAAAGAUGAUCCUUACCCCCGGAAGGGCAAAUUCCAGGUAUUGCAGUUCCGCAGCACUAUGAAGAUAAUACGUCUGAAGGUGGAAGUGACUAACUUCCCUUCCGGGGGGAAGCUGGGUGAGGACGCCCAUCAGGCCAUGCUCAACAUCACCCUCCCAGAGGCACUGAGAUACUCUGGCGUCAGGUCAAAGGACAGUGACGUGGUAUGCAGAUUGGAAGACACAGUGAUUUGUGAACUAGGGAAUCCACUCCGAGGCAACGAGAAGGUGACACUCGUCCUCAAGCUUGAAACAUCAGGGAUUAAUCUGAGCACACAAGAGAUCCUGUCUCAUCUGCUUCUGUCCACUCUCAGUGAACAGAGCGACCUGAUGCCUGUGCCUGUGGCCCUGCUGAUUGAAAACACCAUCCGACCAACUUUAUCCAUAGUGAACCCCUUCGUGCAAACAAAAUUCGGUGGGACAGUGAUGGGCAUGAUGGCCAUGGUCAACACCAGUGACGUGGGCAGUCUGGUGGAGUUCACCUUCGAUGUGGACAUGAGGGGCCAGCCUCUGGGAGACCUGGGGACCCUGGCUGUUGAGUUUGAUUGGCCCUUUGAGGCGGCCAACGGCAAGUGGCUGCUGUACCUGACGAAGAUUGUCGUCAUGGGGGAAUCGGAGACGGAAUGUAACCCUGCUGAAUCUGCUGUCAACGUGCUGAACCUCACUUUGUCAGGGAGUGGACCAAAGCGCACCAGGCGGCAGAUCGAGGUGGGCGACGCUCGUGACGCGACCCAGCCACAGAUCAUCGAGCCACAAGCUGCAAUCUCGGUGGGCACUCAUCGAAAAGAGUCCCACCUAUUGGAAUGCUCCAAGGGGACGGCAAGAUGCGUGAAGUUUACCUGCCCACUGCAUAACAUGACAGACUCAGCCAAGAUUCAUGUGCGGUCACGUUUGUGGAACAGCACAAUGCUAGAGGACUUUUCCAACGCUCUGAGAGUGACAGUCAAAGGGGAAGCCAAACUGAAGCUCAUUACCGAUAAACCAACCAUCAAGCUUGACAGUGAUCCCAUCAUGUUCACAGUGGAAAUAGAGCCAGAGGAGGGAGUGGAAGCACCCUACGAGCUCCCGCUGUGGAUCAUCAUCUUGGCAGCAGUCGCAGGAGUUCUACUGUUGGGAAUCAUAAUUAUUAUACUGUGGAAGUGUGGCUUCUUCCAGAGGGCCAGCACGAGGGAGAUGUAUGAGGCCAAGUCCCAGACGGCUGAGAUGAAGAUCCAGCCAUCUGAGACAGAGAAGUUGACUGAGGACUACUGAGGCCCCUGGGGGUCCCCAAACAGCACACACCAGUGGGGCUUCUGGCUUGGAUUCUUUAAGCGGGAGCUCUACUACCGGAUGAUGCCAAAGCACCAGGGGGUGAAAAUUCGCAAGGCUGAGCGCUAUCAGUUCAAUCUGGGAUUUCAGCCCGAGGAGCCACAGAAAAAGUAUUGGAUCACCAACUGGACAGAGAUGCAGCGUUACUACUACUGAGGCCUUAACUCUGAACCCUGAACCACUCCUUGUCACACGGGCUCGGGGCCAAACAAAGCGCACUGGGUUCCGUUGAGCAACAUGGACUUUGCAGUGCAUGGACCAUGGACAAAGCCCUGAAACUGUUUUUAGUUUUUUAUUUCCAUUAGAUUUCAUUGACUCUAUCAGUGCAAUAUACUGAACAUUUUUGUUUCAGAGAUUGUAAUUUCUUAAGUAUUUUGAAUAUUCGAAGAAUGCUGUGUUGUACGUUGGAAUUGGGGUUGCAUUCAGGAGUAAUAUGUAAACUGUUUUGGUUCACGUUGCAGGAUUUUAUGUACCGAACUCUGUGUUUGCAUUGAAUACUUUACUUUAUUUUCAUUUUUUUAGCAAACUUACUGGACAUUCCUCAUGUUUAUUUUGCACCAUAUCGGUUUUUUCUUUAUUUGCUGUGAUUGCUCAUGCGCUUCUCAGCUGCCAGGCAUAGCGGGUUUAUAACCUAAAUCAGUCCUUUUUUUUCAACUGCACUUAAAAUAUAUUGACAAAUAUCUUUUUUUUCCAUGUCUUUGUUUGGAUGGCAUCACAUAGACCAGCGUCUGAACUGUAGCUGUGGUUGAACUCUCAUUUGCAGAAUGGGACUUUGUAGUAUUCAAACAGACGUAGAAAUAUUGCUUACCUAAAUUCAGAGAGGUACAGAGAAAAAGUGGUACACAGCCGCGAGCUAUAAAGUUUUAUAGCCCAGCUGGACAUGUUUUAAUUGCCCCUUUGAAAAUUCCAUUCCUUUAAAAACUUCCAAGCACCUCAGCAACACAUUGAAAAAAUGAUUUUUGUUUGUCUAGAAUUAUCCAACAUUUGACAUUGAGAUCAUUGGAUCACUUGAUUUUUAUUUAUUACACUCUUUUGUGUUAUUACCGUAAAGAACCUACCUGGAUAUCUUUAAAUAUAUCCCACACAGGGAGUCGCAACACUGGAUUAAAGAACACACGGUAUUAUGUCUGUGUGGAGAUAUGAUAUUUUAAGCUUCAGCAUUAAUAGCUGCAUCAUAAAUUGUACAUAGUGACAAGUUACGCUCAGUUAACUCUUUGAAUGAAUGCAUAUAUGAUUGGCCUUUGUUGUGUUACUGUGCCCAAGCUUUUUGUACAAGACAGUAAGAGGACACUCUGGCCGACCCGCAGCACUGAGGAUGUCCUGGAUCAGGAGAAGACGAGUCACUGAAUCGUCUCUGAAAGGACCGAGCAUUACAUUGCUGCUCUGGUCCGUGCUACCUAAGAGCCCACAGCUCCCCUGUGGUGACAGUGGCCAUUACAGAGGCUCCACUGACUCUGAGUGAAGAGGGAACGGCUGACUGCACAAACUCUGUCCUCUGUGGUGGUGUUGUUGUUUUCUAUCUGUACAGUUUCAGUGGAAUUAAAUUGUUUUUCACGA